ACCCCUGGGACGUGAACCAAAAAUCAAGGAGCAAGAGCAGGAGGAGCCAGCAUCCGCACCUGAGGCCGUCAAGGAUGAGAAGAAAGCUGAGUGCUCGUUCAAGAUGGCACCCGAACUCAUGAUAUCGGUCUCCCAGUUUGUCCACCAGUUUUACCUGCAGAGGUAUCAGGAGGCCCAGAGACGUGCCAGCCUUCUCAGGAUCAGUGACCUCCACGUUUCCGUCCAUUACUCUGCUAGGUUGCUCCGUGUUGCUGCCGUAUCGCACAAGGGUCUAGUCGACAGCCUUCGACAUGGAGAUAAGUCCGCUUUUGCCUCGGUCUACAACGCCGUCCAUGAGAUCCGCGAGGUUUGUGAAUCUGCCGUCCGUCGCAGCAUCCUCGACCAUGACCCUUUGAUUGGGACCGGCGCCGUACAGGGCAGACCACAUACAUUUCUCCAUAGACUCUCCGCCGGGUCAAGGGCAGACCUGCUCGAAAUUUUGACUCUUGUUCGUACAGAUUCACAGUUUUUAUUUGAGUGUAUCAGCAACUUGACUUCCUCGCAGCUCUCUGCCCUCGUCAGCCCCCUCCAUGCACUGGAGAUUAGUAGUCCUUCGGAUGCUAGAGGUAGAAGCCAGCCUUCAUCCUCUUCCUCGUCCUUUUACAAGCGUGCUGCUACUCAUUCCCCUGCUUUCAAAGACUAUGCUUUUUCCUUUGAGCGUACUGACCCGCUCUUUGCGCUUCUGUUCAACGUUUAUUCCACCACUUUGGACCCCGAUUCAUCGGAAGCCCAACUGCGCCUAGACAUUUGGUCCUCGACUUGCGCCAAACUGAUCUCCCACGGAGGCAGUGGAAUGUAUACCUUUGUUGGUCAUCUCCUCAAUAUUUGGUCCGGACUCGGUGAAUGGAAGGCCAAAGCCAAGUUUGAAAUGUAUCUCAUGGACGUACUACAGAAUGGAGCUUUUCUUCUCGAGUCUAACUCCAGACACUCGGAUAUGGAUGGUGAUGCCUUUGAUCCCAUGAAAACAGAUGUUGCUGAACAAUUUUUUAGAACAUCCGUUCAGGCACUGUUUGAAGUUCUCGAUGAUUCGGACGGCGGGUUCCCAGCCGGGUCCCUUGAGUUUGGAAGAGCCAUCAUUGAGAAGCUCGGCGUAUCAGAUACUUGCCGGCGGUUUUUAGGCUACAUCUUCUAUCAGUGGUUCUUUGGCAAAUUUGUUCACAGCGCCAUGUGCUUCCCUGAGAGCCAUGGCCUUCUGCUUGACUUCCAUGUCACCAAGGACGCCCGGGAACGGCUCCUUGGACACAUUGCUCUCUAUGCCCAACGUCAGGUUUCUCAUACUCUCCAGUCGCUCCCGCCAUUCUCCUACAUCAUUCCCAAGAUCAAGACGCAUGUAGACCGUAUGCUCUCUAGACUCAUCGAUCCGGUCACACAUACCCCUGAUACCAUCCCGUUAUCCUCCCCUCCGGACUCCAGCUUGGCCCAAAACUCCAUGGAACAGAAUAAUGCAGGAUCAGUUAUUCUUCUUUCCUCGAGUGAUAUACUAACCAUACUGGAUGUCUUCUUCCCCAAGCCCCCCAUCUCCGGCUCGCCCGACUUAUUUUCCCAGCAAACCUCAUUCCCUUCCUCACCAGCAUCAACCUUCUUCCCUCGAUCGGGCCAACCACAUCAGUCUUAUGAACCAGGUCUCUUCCAAGGCAGGCUCGACGCCCAUUCAUAUAACCCACCUACCGCCAAAACCAUGUUCACCACCGAGAUAAGUUUCCAGGAUGUCACAAAAUCCUACUUUGUACGACCCAGCAAACCGUUAACACCAGAGUCGCCCAAGAACCCCCAGCUCCGCAAGGCGGAUCGCAUUCGCGAUGAGAUUUUAGAGAUUCGAGAGUCAGAAGAUCGACCAACACUGGACCACCCUGCAAACGAGGAUUGGGCGAUGCUCUCUGUCAGCGGCAGGGAGCAGGUAGGUCUGUAUGCAACCGAUACCGAACAAUCUAGCCAUCAGAGCCCUGCCUCUAGAACCGAGCUGCUCCGCAACCAGGACAAAAUCGAGGCCGCCGUUGUGAAGAUUGUCCACGAGUUUGAUUUCCCCAAAAACCAAGCCCUUGGCCAAUCGUCAGUAUCCCCCACUGCGAAUGGUGAACUCAGCCUGAAGAAAUGGUUCCUUCAUGCGAUGGGAAUGUGCCAGCGAAAGUCUGACUUUUCUGGUGCCCAUUUCUGGUGGGAAGCCUCCCUUGCUUUGCGUGACGCAUAUGCGGAAUUAGGGCAGUCUGUGGCAGACACCAAGUACCUUAGUCCCAUGUAUCGCUCCGUUACACAAUCAGCAGACCUGGACUCGAACAUGAUUCAACGUUGUGAACAAUCAUUUAUUGACCUUAAGAGAAAGAUGGAUCUUCUUCAGUCUCAGGUUAAUAAGACCAUGGGCAUCAUGGCACAGCUCCGGAACAAAAUGUGGUAUAUGACCGACGUCAAGAACUCGCUCCGCUACGAGGAUGCAAAGAAUGUGGCUUUGGCCCUGAAAAACAUGGCCCUUGCUCAGGCUACACAACCAGCCGCGGAAUCCAGAUCGAGGGCGGGAGCACGAACUCUCGGUGGAUCUUUCCUGCAAAAGCCCGAAAUACAGGUCAUGAACGUGAUGCGAGCUGCAAGAAGCCAAGGAGGCCCCUUCAAGCUGGCCGAUGAACAGGUAGAAAUUACUCGGAAAUGGCUCCAGCGCUUUGGAAUAGAUAAUUUCUGCCGAGGCGAAGAACGAAUUCAUCGCUUCUGCUAUGAGGUGAAAACUAGCGUCAACAAACUCGCUGGUGAGACCAUGUACGAUACCCCUGUGCUCUGGUCCAGCGAACUUUUCCAGAGAGAACGAUCAACAUAUGAUACUCCUGGUACGCGGCCGAUGAGCGGGAGUGUGCGUCCGUCAAGCAUCGCAAGUGAAGAUUCACUAGGGAAUCCUAUGCAGCCUCCUGCUAUACGAUCCCUAGAUCAAUUAUUUCGGCCUCCAAACGACCUGCCGAUGCCUCCUCUUGUUCGGAAGUCAUCCUUCCAGAGUGUUGUUUCCGAUAAAUGGCAGACCAACGGAAACGCAUCUUCUAUUAGCGACUCCCCUGGUAAAACUGUAUCGACUGCUACUACUGAUUCAAUUUACCCUUACUGGUCCCCCAUACAGACCCAAACUCAGUCUAUAACGAGUGCCUCCAGCCUUUAA